UCGAAGCUUCUGCAGGUGCUGGAAGAGGCGCAGCGUUGGCGUAAUUCACGCGUUAAAACAUCUCCAGCGAUGGCUUCAGCUACAGACAACCGUUAUGGCCAAAAGGAGUCUUCUGACCAGAACUUUGAUUACAUGUUCAAGAUCCUGAUCAUUGGCAACAGCAGCGUCGGAAAAACCAGCUUUCUGUUUCGCUAUGCCGACGACUCUUUCACUCCAGCUUUCGUUAGCACGGUGGGCAUCGACUUCAAAGUGAAGACCAUCUACAGGAAUGACAAGAGGAUCAAGCUGCAGAUCUGGGACACAGCAGGGCAGGAACGCUACAGGACCAUCACCACAGCCUACUACAGGGGGGCCAUGGGCUUCAUCCUCAUGUACGACAUCACUAAUGAGGAGUCCUUUGCUGCUGUACAGGACUGGUCUACACAGAUAAAGACAUACUCAUGGGAUAAUGCCCAGGUGCUUCUGGUGGGCAACAAGUGUGACAUGGAGGAUGAAAGGGUGGUCGCCGCUGAAAGGGGCCGACAACUAUCUGAACAUCUUGGUUUCGAGUUUUUCGAGGCCAGCGCCAAAGACAACAUUAACGUGAAGCAGACAUUCGAGCGGCUGGUAGACAUCAUCUGCGAGAAGAUGUCAGAGAGUCUGGACGCCGCUGACCCCGCCGUCACAGGGGCCAAACAGGGGCCGCAGCUGACCGAGCAGCCGACUGCCCCACACCAGGACUGUGCGUGCUAAAAGCUAAAAGAGUCCCCCUCCCUAAAGCCUCUCCAAAUACACUGCCCUGCACUACCACAUCCAGGAUAAAAGGUAAUACAACAAUAAAAAGGGUUAAAGAAAAGAAAUCUAAACUCGGCUCCUCCCACAACACGUAUUCCCUCUCAUUUUCUACCCAGGCCCUUUUCCACUAUGUUUCGUUUCAUUUUGAGAGCAUGAUUUAAUUUCAUUCCCCAUGACACUAUGUUUAUGAAUAUGUCCACUUUUGCUACCCACCAGUCUCAGACUCGGUGAGGGAAAGCCAUAUUACACGUUACGAUUUUACCAUUAGUCCUAAGUUUGGCGAGGCACAAACUAUGACUUUGUGUGUUAGCUUUUUUGCUGAAUGCUGUCUCCUCUGGCCUUUAUUGUGCCAUUUUUCAUCUUUUUUUAACCCUCUUUCGUUUCUUUAUAUUUUUGUAUAACUCCUUUUGUUCUCAUGCUCUCCUUUUGUUAAAUGAAUUACGAACAAAGAAUAGAGAAGAAAUUUCUGUAUAUUUAUUCCAAAUGUGUAUAUAGACAAUGUGCAGUAUUUAAUUGAUACAGGUAUAGUAACAUAUUCAAGAACGUUUUUGAAAACGACAUCAUUCCGAGAGUUAUGAAGAAAACGAGAAGUCAUGUUAGUGUUUUUGUGGUAAUCCUUUGCAUUGCUCGUCACAAACCUCUCUCGCCGAAUUGUAGGUGUACCUUUUAGUCACUGGACUGCUUCAUCUUAAACCCCUUCAUGAGACUUUGUGAAAUUCAAUUGUCAUCCACAGAUAUUCCUCAGUGUAAAAAUGCAUGGAAGGAAAUGAAGCCAUUUAGGCGAAUAGUUAUCAGAUUCUGCACUGUUGAUUUAGAUCCAAACACUUGCAAACUGAAAGAUAGUUCACUAUGUGUUCUUGCAGUCACAACAUUGUAGCAGCAGGACUUUUAUUCUGCCACGUUUAAAGGAGUAUUCCAUUAUUUUUCAAACUAAUCUCCAUCUACCACAUUUGCAGUACAGUCAAGUACCUUGGACAGUAAUUUCCCUCUACUUAGAAAAGAGCAGAAGAAACAUUGAUUCGAAACACAUUUAUAAUGGACAUCAAUGGGCAGAUGCUUCAGCUGAAGCAGCUGGUUAUUGACUUCCAUUGACUUCAAUUAUAAAAUUCUGGUUCUUUUGCUAAGCUCAGAGCAGUGUGACAAAAUUGUAGUGCUAAUGGACCAUAUGCUCCAGAUACGGCAGAGAUUAGACUGACAAAUGCUGGAAGUUCCUUUAAAAGCUCCACCUGCCAAACCAUCCUUUGGCCCAAGUUUCAAAGAGUGGAGUCCUCUGAUUUUGACCUAAGAUAAAUGUUUUAAUGUCCAAACGACGGUAGGACAUUUAUUCUUACACUGUGCUGCAGAAGACAAGUUAAGGAAAACAUCUUCUCAUGUUGUAAAUGUGUACUUGUAACGUUACAAGGCCGAUCGUCAGGACUGUUAGUAGACAUAGCUAAUAUAGGCAUUAUUAAAAAUAUAAGGCAGUGAUGACAGGAACCAGUGCCCCUAAAUAACUUUUUUGUGACUUCAGUGAAUUCUCCCUGUACUACGACAGAUAAUUCCCAGCUUUUUUUUCCUUUGCUAUGCUGUCUUCCUGAAAACUACUGUAAAUAUAUUUGAGUCUUUAGUUUUAUGUGUGGAUUGUGCUGUAUUGACUCUGGGUAAAACAAGAAGAGAUAAGAGAAAAACUUAAAUUAUUUAAAGUAUGUGCUUUAUCUGCUAUUGUGUAUGCCUGCUUGUGAAUGAAUGUGUCACUUUAUUACAAAGCAAUAUUGAGAAAAUAUCUUUUGAAGUAUUAUUCGUUAUUUCGUCACAUCCUUUUAGGUAUGAGGGGAAUAUUAAAGGAUUUGCAAAAAAAAAAAAAUACCGGUACAUGGAAUCUCACAGGUUUGCAGGAAUGCUUCUUAAAUGUGUUUGCUAUGGUUUUUAAGUUAGCAUGUCCCGUCUUACUUCUCAGUGGGAAGAGGAUGAUUUGAACAGGAAAACAGAGGCAAUAAAAAGUCUACAGCGCUCCAGUGUGACACCAGAUAGUGGUGAGGUUGUCCAAGCAGACCCUUGUGUCCUCCGAUUUACUUUAUUAUGAUCAUAAUAAUAAAUUGAAUCAUGUGCAUCUGAUGCAAACACAGAAGCAAACGUUCAGCAUCCUCAGUGCUCCAUUUCACAUCACCCAAACACUGAAACCACACAGAGUUUCAGUAGGAAAAACACCUGCGCGUUGCUUUUCUAUUUUUAUUGCUUUACUGUCUUACUUUCGUUGGUUUGUUUUACAGUCUUCACUCUAAUUUGUAUGCCUCAUUGUGAUCUUUUUCUAUUUAUUUUAUUUUUUCUAAUUUUCUUUUUCUUAUAUAAGACUUCAGUGUACGUUUAAGAAAACAAGAUCAACUAUUAUGCAGUAGUAAAUUUACUCUAAAUACAGGGGUAUGGUGUCAAAUGUUCAAUGGUGAAAUUUACCAAACCAAUUGUCUAUGUUGUGGAAAAUACAGAAAUGGAAAAAAAUAAAUAAAAAUAAAGGUUUGUGCUGUAAAA